UUCAAUUCCUUUGAACUUUUGAAACAAAGACAGACACAAUGAACAGCAUAGAUAAAGAGAUAGAUUAGCAGAGAAGAGAAGGAAGAGGAGCGCGCAUAGGCGGAGGACUAAAGGAAGAGAAGACAUAGCUGAGAAGAAAGAAAAACUAUAUAAAUAAAAAAUGGUUGUUCUUAUUGUGAAUUAUUGUUAUUAUUUUUAUCAUCAUUGUACAGAGGAAUAGUGUGGAAGGGCCAGAGAUCGUCACCAAUUCCAACAACGUUCUCAUCCCUCGCCAUCAUCAUCAGCAUCACGCCCUUGCAGCUACAAUGCCAACUCACGAACAUUCAGAAACAGAGCCCUCUCCAACCCACAGCGAAAACGGCACAGACUCGAAAGGGGCGGUCCCAUAUGAUGGCAGUGACAAGGAGGAUGAAAAUGACGAGUAUGUUCUUGUCAAUUUGUCCGCGAUUCGAGAAGAAAUGCAAUGCCCCAUUUGUUUGGGCAUUAUCCGGAAAACAAGGACAGUUAUGGAAUGCUUACACCGGUUUUGCAGAGAUUGUAUUGACAAGUCAAUGCGCUUGGGGAACAAUGAGUGUCCUGCAUGCCGUACACAUUGUGCUAGCCGGCGAUCAUUGCGAGAUGAUCCAAAUUAUGAUGCAUUGAUUGCAGCAAUAUACCCUGAUUUAGACAAGUAUGAGGAAGAGGAGAUGGCUUUGCAUGAAGAAGAAGAGCGCAGAAAUAGACAGAUCCAAGCGAACAUUGCUGAUACAUUUCGGCGGCAGUCAGAAGCUAUUACACGACGACGCAGGACUGCUAAGGCCACUGCAGCGGCGUUUGUCAGAAAGGCUCAUGGUAAAUUUUCCGGUGUUCAGGGUCAAAGCAAGCGUAACAAUAGAGGCAAACGUCCUAGAGGAAGCAUAGGUACUGAUGGUGAGGAAGGUGAGGACAUGAAGCAAUUUUUCUCUGAUGACGAAGAACCUCAGCAGCGCAGGUGGCCACGGAAGAAAAGGAGAGCUCCAAGCUCUUUACCUGAAACCUCUGCUGACAUGGAUGUUGGCAAUGGAGAAGAACAAGAUGACAUCGAUGAUGAGGAAGCUGGUGAAGAUAUUCAAUCAGCUGAAUACAGCCAAGCAGAAGCUAGCAGAGAAAGUACUGAUGCUUCUCCUGGAAAUGCAAGAAAUGCAGAGGGUUUGGCUUGGGGCAAGGGUGGUGCGAGAAGUCAUACAAAGAAUGGAAGUGUGAGAAAUGCUCAUGCCAGGACUUCUCGUACUGCGUAUGCAGCUAAAAUGGCCGAGUAUCUUAGGUCUAAAUCUCAACAAGAAAAGGAGACUGAGUUUGAGAUACACUUCACAUUGUUACCAUUUGAGGAUGAGGAGACGUUUCCCAAUCUGAAAAGACCAUAUCUUUCUUGUCAACCAACCAUUACUGUGAAGCAUAUUUGUAAAUUCCUGUCAGGCAUAAUUUCUGUGGCCCCUGAAGAUCUAGAAAUUGUAAUUGAGAAGCAAACUAGUCCAUUGAAUUUGGCCAAGUAUGGAAAGGGAAAAGCUUUGGUUGGUGCUUCAAAUGGUGAAAAGGUUAUAGAGGUCUUGGAUCAAGAACAAACAUUGGAUGGAAUCUUUGCCGGUUACACAGAAUUUAGGGGUAACCUGGUACAAUGAGAGCCUUCACCUUCAAAUACAUUUGGUUAAUUUAUUGGGUUCUGAUGUAUCGCUACAAGGACUGAGUUUGGAGAUUUGACAGAAGUUUCAAAAUUUGGGCGGGCUUGCUCCAACUAGAGUCUUCCAUGUUUAAUCAGAUCUACAUGUUUCAGCUUUCCACUAUGCACUCUUUGGUUAGAAUUAUAACUGAAUUCUCUGUGCAGUGUAAGCUUUCGAGAGAAUUGUUUCUGCCGGAAGCUCUAAAUUUACUAAUCACUAAAGGUAGCAUUCAUUUGUCGACCUUCCCCGACACAUGUACAGAUACAGCUUGGAGUAAUGAAAUUACAGUGUUAUACAUUGUAAUACAUUAUGAUUGAAAUAGAUGAGAAGCCUUAUCGUUUCUGGAAAUCAAGAUGUACUGAUUUUAUA